UCUCUCCGCCUCUUACGCGCGCGUUCUUUAUCGCGUGCUGUCUUGUUGUCGUUUGUUCGUCCGUCAAUCCUCCGCGUGCGAGGUGUCGCGAGUGGAAGACCGGGAAACGCGAUAUCAGUAACGCGCGGCAAUUGCUGCCGCCGUUGCCGCUGCCGCGGUCGUCGUCGUCGUCGUUCCCGUCCCCGUUCCCGUCCCCGUCCCCGUUACCGUAAUCAGUUACGUUUACACGACGGCACGUUCUUGCUGGUGCACCGAGUUGACGAUGCGGCGGGAAUCGCGUUCCCGUACUCGCAUGGACGCGUGCUAUCCCAGCCAGCGAAAGGAUGCGUGCACGUCGCGGAAGACCUCCACGCGAACGCGGCCUCUCCGUCGUCGGUUGUGCGAAAUGUACAGGUAAUGUAGAAGAAAUUGAUACUGCCAAGUCAACGUUGCAACGUCUUAACGGGUAAUUGCAAUAUAAAAAUAUCAAAACGGGUGACGACGACAAAAACAUGGUGUCUCUGCCUAAUGCAGAAUCUGGCACGAUGGACCGAAUCUCAGACGACGAUGAUGAUGACAGUACCGGGGUAUCGGAUGCUUACGAUGAAGAUCUCAUCACAGCUGCAAUGGGAGACGACGUUACAGCUCAACUCGCUGCUGCAGGUUGGCAAAUCAAACCCAUUAAUGGACCAGUUGGUGUAGCUGCCGCAGCUGCAAUUGUCUCGGCCAAAAAGCGGAAACGACCACAUAGCUUCGAGACUAAUCCCAGUAUCAGAAAGAGACAACAGAACAGGCUUUUAAGGAAGCUGCGACAAACCAUCGACGAAUUUGCGACGCGAGUUGGACAACAGGCAGUGGUAUUAGUGGCUACGCCGGGCAAACCAAAUAGUAGUUACAAAGUGUUCGGGGCGAAACCAUUGGAGGAUGUAGUUAAGAAUUUAAAGAACGUUAUUAUGGAAGAGCUGGAGAGUGCACUCGCGCAACAAGCACCACCGCCCGCACAGGACGAUCCAUCUCUCUACGAAUUACCACCGCUGAUAAUCGACGGUAUACCGACUCCGGUGGAGAAAAUGACACAGGCGCAACUCAGGGCCUUCAUACCACUGAUGUUAAAAUAUUCCACUGGCCGUGGUAAACCAGGCUGGGGUAGAGAUAGCACGCGACCUCCAUGGUGGCCCAAAGAAUUGCCCUGGGCAAAUGUCCGGAUGGACGCGCGGUCGGAGGACGAAAAGCAGAAGAUCUCGUGGACGCACGCGCUACGGCAAAUUGUAAUAAAUUGUUAUAAAUUUCACGGAAGGGAAGAUCUUCUACCAGCGUUUAACGAAGAGGACGACAAAUCUAACGUUAUAAUACAACAAGCGACGCCCCAUUCAUCGUCGCAUCCGUCGCACUCGUCGAGUCAGGGGCAAGGUGGCGGAGGGCAGCAGUCGCAGCAACAGACGGUGGGAGUUGUUCGCCUGAACAGCACGGAUUCAUCUAAGGGAAACUCUUCGCCAGCACAAAUCAUUGCCGCGUCUCCCACAGCUCUUGCCACUGCCACUCAGAUGACAGCCCAAUAUCCGACAGCUGUAUUGCAGACAAUAACCAAUCCGGACGGUACAGUUUCCAUCUUACAAGUGGAUCCUAGCACUCCGAUCAUCACGUUGCCAGAUGGUACGACGGCUCAAGUUCAAGGAGUUGCCACCAUCCAUACAAGUCAAGGAGAGGUGCAAGCACUGGCAGAAGUGGCUGGUGGCACCGAGGGUAGCGUGGCAGUUGAUUUGAACACCGUUACGGAAGCGACAUUAGGCCAAGACGGCCAGAUCAUCCUGACCGGCGAAGAUGGACACGGAUACCCCGUGUCGGUCUCGGGAGUGAUCACUGUGCCAGUGUCCGCCAGUAUGUAUCAAACUAUGGUAGCCAAUAUUCAGAGCGACGGCACGAUGCAAGUGGUAACGCCGAUGGUUCAAGUACCGAAAGUCGAGCCAGGAAACGGAGACACCACCAUCGAAGCUGUCACUAUACAGGGUCAUCCAAUGACCAUGAUAAACGCCGCCGGUGAGCAUCAGGUCCUUCAAGUGAUAUCGUUAAAGGACGCCAACAUCCUGACGAAAGCUAUGCAGGCCGAAGUUGUCAAGGAUGAGGAUAGUCAACAACAACAAACGGUAUCUAGCCCGGAAUAAAAGUGUUAAGUGUAAUCUAGUUAAUCCGAAAUUGCUUUGUAUCAUUUACACGCAUCAUCACGGAUGAUGGACGGGAAGGGUAAAAGUGCGAAAGAAUUUACGAGAUAACGAUUGGUGUUGUGUUCUCUUUUCCUUUCUUUCUCGAGUCACUGUACUGUGUAGUGUGUCUUAUUGACUGCAUCAUCGAACAGCGAUUAUAACCGAAAGUGAGACGAGUGCAUGAUCGAUUGAUCAGAUUAGGAAUAAAUCGUAUUUGUACUCGAGGUUCAUCAUAGAUCGAGGAUAUCCGAUUUCUCAGACGUAGCAUUAAUUUCGAAGAUAUUUCCCGUCGUAGCCGACGAAUGUAUAAUGUUUAUAUUUUUACGGAUAAUUUGCCAUUGUCAUUACAUCUCGCGUUAUUUAUCGAAGGCAAUUUAAUAAUUUAUUUUCCGUUACCACAUAAGAUAAAAGAAAACUUUGUCAUCUAGAUUUAAGUGAGGAAAACCAAAGAAGUUUAUUCUUGAUUAACUCGAUAAGGUAUGAUACGUUUCUCGAACGAGAAAAUGCGUAUUAGUAUAAUUUAUCACGCAGAUCGAUCGCUUUCAAAGCAACAGCAAAAUAAUUUAUCAAAUGUUUCCCGUUUCUCGUUCUUUUUAGAUUUUAAUAGCUCGUAAGGUGAUUAAUUUGAAAACUCGAAAAGGCACAGAGCUCACUCAAUUCGCGAGUGCCUGGAAGUAAUCGAGACAAGUCGCAAUUUGACUCUAAUUAUCUUUGAAGAUAUCGAUCAUCUGUCUAUAAGGAAAAAUUACGAACCUAUUUUUAUGGGUAUUAUAGUAGGGCUCAGACAUAGAUCUCGACAGAGAGAUUCGCAUGAUCGAUCUGUUUGGAUAAAGUACUUCGAGUUUGAGCUCGAAGUUGGAUCUGUUUGCAUUUGUUCGACCACUUAAAAAUUUUCAGCAUUAGUAUAGAGAGAUUAUCUCAUGAUGACAUUCUUUUUUAUCGCAGAUGUAACGAUGUACAGGGUAUUUCGUUUAUCUUGACCACUUGGAUUUCGUCGCUCCCAAAUAUAUUACAAAAAAAAUAUGUAAAAACAUAUUUUUUCCUAUUGUUAAAAACCACGCAGAUAUUCUAGGUGGUCGAGAUCAGCGAAAGAGCCCCUAUACAUAAUAUACAUAAUAUACAUAAUAUACAUAUAUAUAUAUAUAUAAAUUUAAAGGAUCGAUAGUAGAAGUAAUGACAGAAAAGUUAAGCAUUUCUGACGGGUACAAAUAGGAUAUAAGAUGUAUGUUUUUUCGAUAAAACGAAAUGUACGAAUUUGAAUCUUCAAUUCACGCAUCGACGAGAGGCGUGUGUCCAUAGUUUUAUUUUACGAGAAUCAAUAUUGCGCUACUCGCAUACUUUAAUCAGUAUAAUUGAUAAAGAUAAUCGUGCGAUUUUUAUCAACGCGAUAAAAAGAAAAAAAAAGUAUAUAGCACACAUAUUAUAUUUCUAUAAAAGAUUAUUUAACGUUCUCGGUCUUGAAAGAAUAAUCGUAAUUACAAUACAAUGAAAUACCUAUGCACUAAUUUUCUAAGAGGGUACGCGCCACUAUAAACCAGAAUUGAUGUACCAUCCUUCAUUCCAUUUGAAGGUAAUCAAAAAUAUCGAUUCCCUAUUUUACAUUAAAUAGUUGGACUGUGUCAUGUGGUAUUUAAAACAUUAAUCCACAUUUUUAUAUAAUGUAUCUAAAGCAAAAUGGUGUAUUUUUUUGCGUGCAAUCUUGUUUCAAUGCUGCGAUUACGAGAAUUGGAACGUUAUCUUCCAUUACAGUUAUUUCACUUUCUUCUCGGUUUGAGAAGUUCAUUUUUCCCAGCUUUUCCUUUGUACGUAAUUAACAUUGUAUAUUGUGGAACGAUUAUAAUGAUACGUGUACACACUUUUGUUAAAAAUUAUUCCACCAUGAGUAAUUGUAAAUUUAAGUUUUAUCACAGUUGUAUACAAAAAGCGUAUCGCGACACCUGUCUCCUGAGAGGUCGUAACAUUGAAACAACAAACUGCCCCUGAAAAUCACGCGUAUAAUGAUACCAAAGAGAUUUUUAUAACAUUAUAGGAAAAAUAGUUGAGGUUAAAAAAAAGUAAUUAUUAAAACCGUAUUAUAUGACUAAAUAUUAAUUGUUACGUUGUUUUCUUAAAAUCAGGGCUGCUACAUUAACGAUGUAAUAUAUCUCAGUACUCACGUGUAAGAUAAAAGUUAUAUUUUCCCUCUGUUGUUUGUAACAAAGCACGCGGGACAUUAAUUAAGUUGAAUGUCAUUCGAAAACGAAAUGUGUAUUACGACUUUAGAUAAUUAUAGACGUAUGUGUAUAUGACAUUGCUGCUGUAUAUCCCAAUCUCCAUGUUAUAUAUUCAUAUCAAUUUCUAAA